AUGGCCCUGUGGAUAUGGCAUCCAGAGUGGGCAGAGACAUCGAUUGAAACUGCAGGGGCUCUGGUCCAUUUCCGGAAGACGGUUUCUAUCUCGUCUGUCCCUUCUCAACCGGUGUAUAUCCAGAUCACCGCCGACACCAAGUACAAACUCUACAUUAACUCAGAACUACUGGUCAUCGGCCCUGUGAAAGGAGAUCAGCAUAUGUGGUUCUACGAUGAAGUGGAUAUCCAACCUUUUUUGAAAGCGGGCGACAACGACAUCAAUGUUCAGGUACUGAGGCUGUACCACGCCACAUCGCAUGGAGCGAGUUUUCCGCGUCUUCCCCAACCUGGGUUACUGAUUCGCCAAGCUCGUUUGUCCGAAGAUGUCGGCUUCGACAUACAGAGCGAUAAGUCCUGGGAGACUGUCAUCGACCUUUCAACGCGUUUACCGACAAAUAUGCCAGAGGACCAAUUCCUGCAAAUCUACGAGCAAGUGGACAACAGCCUAGCGAUCGAGGAACCAGCAUGGUUGGCAGCUAAGGAGCUUGACUUUCCAACUUCUCACGGCAUAUCGGCUCCCUGGAAACUGUCACCGCGUCUCAUUCCGUAUCCUCGAUACCAGGCAGUGCCUUUCAAGGCAAUUCACAACAUAGAAAGCACAGUCCCUCGCGCGGAAUGGGAGAAGGCCUUACUUGCACCCCACGAUGGAGGCUGUCAUUCGACAAUUCUUCUUCCAGCUGGCAGUCGGCACCAUGUAGAGCUGGAGGCCGAGAGUCACAUAACGGCCUACCUCCAAUUUCGGUUCCAACGGCCAUUCCGCUUCGGAAGCAGCCUGAAAGUGACUUACUCCGAGUCGUACGAAGAUAUGCCCGAAGUUAUUCCUUGGAUUCGGCGCAAAGGUAACCGGCUUGACACUGCAAAGAGUAUCAGAGGGCCUGAGGACCAGUUUUUCUUUGGCGGUACCGAUGCAACUCACUUGAGGAGCAACCCUCGAUACCAUCAGAAUUGUGAGGAUCAAGAGAUUUUCUCACCUUUCCAUUUUCGCACAUUUCGAUUUCUGGCCGUGGACAUCGAAGUGACACAUCAAUCAGAUCUUGUCAUGGAUCGCAUUGACUUGACAACAACAAACUACCCUCUGGAAGUCAUCGCAGAUGUAAAUGUCUCCCCCGCAGGAGGCUUGUACCGGGAGCUGUGGAGUACGAGUCUCCGGACCCUUAAAAACUGCAUGCACGACUGCUAUGAGGACUGCCCUUUCUAUGAACAGCUUCAAUAUGUGAUGGACGCCCGAAGCUCAGCACUGUUCACGUACUGUGUGUCUGGUGACGAUCGCCUAGCACGCCAGGCGAUUCUGCAAAUAUACAACACCUUCCAACCCAGGAUAGGACUAACUGCUAGCCGCGCACCAGCACAUCAACUGCAAAUCAUUCCGCAUUUCUCUUUGUUUUGGAUCGCCAUGGUGACCGACCAUUUCGAAUAUUUCAAGGAUACCGAAUUCACUCGUCAAUUUAUACCAGUAUGCGAUGGCGUUCUGGAAUCGUUUGCCCGCCGUAUAGAUCCCCAGGUGGGCCUGGUCCGUACCUCGCAGAAUUCAGAUCACUGGGACUUUGUCGACUGGGCGGAAUCAUGGAAGCCGAUGGGGAUUCCUCCAGCUGCUGAAAGAAGCGGCUUUCAAGCAUUCACGAACAUGUUGUAUGUUUACAGUUUGAGGCGCAUCUCUGUCGUCUUGAUCGCGAUCGGAAGACUAGGGCUUGCAGAAGAAUACGAAAUACGGGCAAAAUCAGUCAUUAAGGCCCUGAAAACGUAUUGUUUCGAUGGACGAUUCUUCACUGAUGGCUUGUCGGAUUCGUGCAAUAGACAGAAUGACUACAGCCAGACCAGUCAAGCCUGGGCGGUGCUUUGCGGUGCUGCGACCGAUGACUUGGCCGUGGACAUUAUGGUCGAAAGCACUGCUGCGACCGCCGGGGAGAGAUCAUCACAAAACUUCACGCCGGCGUCAACUGCAAUGUCAUUCUACGUGCUCCGUGCUCUUUCUAUGGCUGGUGGCGGAAUCUAUGAAAAGCGCUUCCACAGCAUCUGGGAGCCAUGGAAGACACAACUCAAGCAGAACCUCACAACAUGGGUGGAGGAUGAUGUCUCGAAUCGGUCGGACUGUCAUGCUUGGGGAAGUUCGCCUCUUUUUGAGAUGGUGGCCGAAGUGGCUGGGGUCCGCAUGAGUGCGCCGGGAUGGGAAGUUAUAGACUUUCAGCCCCGUCUCAGCUUGUUCUCUGAACUCAACGCCACCAUUCCAUUUGUACGGAAUGGAGCACCAGGCCUGGCACGUGUGCAGUGGCAAUACCAAGGGGACAACUUUGGAGUCUCAAUCUCACUGAAGCUGGAUUCGGCGGAAACGUCGACACCAGCCGUGCGCCUAAUCUCUCCAGACGGGCACGUCGAGAUUAUCGAUUCCGCCUCCAAACCAAUUCAUCGUACGAUCAAAAGCUCUUUGAUGAGGGAGCCGUUCCCUAGGCCCCUAUCAUCGUAA